CAUUGAUUGACUUUCUGGCUACAUGCCAUUCCCCAAUGCCAUCACGGGAGGAUGCCUCUGCGGGUCAAUCCGUUACUCAAUAUCUGCGUCUAGCGAAGGCCCAUGGCCGCCUCAGUCAUCGGCCUGCCAAUGCACAAUGUGUCGCAAAUGGACAUCGUCCCUCAUUGCCCAAUUCAUCAUCGUUUUGCCAGCGCAGUUGAGCCCGCCAUUUCAUAGCCAGGAAACAUAUGAUGAGUACGAAUCAUCGCCUGGACGGUAUAGAGGAUUUUGCAAGCGAUGUGGAACCUCGUUAGUUUGGCGGUCAGCAGACGAUGGCAGCACAGUCGAUGUGUUUCUGGGGACUGUCGAUGAAAGAUGGCUUGUGCAUGAGGAUGGUGGCAAGGUUGGACAGGCUUUGGGGAGACCCAAUGGAACGCAAUUUUGGAUGGAGAAUGCGAUCCCGGGAGUGACUGAUCUCAUGAAGGGGGGAAAAGAGUUUCUUAGAGAAGGUGAAGAUGGGUGGGAGAGAAAGAAGGAGUUGAACUAGAGGGUAUAGACGAAAGCAG